AUGCUUCGGACUGAGACACCAACUAGAGUCAAGCGCACUGUCUACACGACUCCUCGCCCGAAGAACCCUUACAUCGACUAUGCGGGCCAAGCUAUCGGGUCGGCUCGUGAGCUUUACCCCAUCGACAUCAAGCCAUUCCCUGCAAACCCCCCGCCAAAGCCUUCCCCUGAUCAGAUUGUAACUAUUCGCCUGGAGGCCGAGCGUACAUCAGAGCUCGGGUGGUUCUUGAACAAUAAGACUUGGACGGAGCUACCAGACUCGGCUACCCCCGUGUUGUUUGAUUACAACCAGGGAAAUGCAAUUGAUUCGCAUCUCAAGUUUACGCCACUAAAAGGACAAUAUGUUGAUGUGACCAUGGUAGUCACAAGUGGGAACCCAUCUUUGCACCCUCCCCGCCCGAGUCGUAAACAUGGAGUGAAGGCAUGGUUCCUAGGAUGGGGCCCAGGAGGGUUCCCCUACAAGACAGUCGCUGAGGCUCAAGCUACAGUUAAGCCAAUUUACCGGGAGACGUUGCUCGGAGUUGACGCUUUUGACAUAGGCCUCCUAGGAUUGAACCUAGGAGGCCCACGGUACCACGAUGCAUUCGCCACUUGUCCUGGACUAGGAGGUCAGAACUGGAUCGCUUUCCGGUUUCAAUCGACUGACCCAGGCCCUACGUUCAUGCAUUGUCAUAUCGUCGGAAUGGCCGCCGUGCUAUUGGAGGGGAUUGAUCAGUGGCCUAAAACUCCAAGCUAUUACACGUCUCAGCACUGA